AUGAAUCCACAGACACUUCAUAUGGUCAAUAUCCCCGCUUUUCAACCACACCGCACGAAUUCACCGAACUAUCCUGGUCAUAUAGUAUAUAUGCCAGCCCCACCUUCGCCACAUAUGAUGCCGGUCUUCCCGAUCCCUUCGAUGAACGGGUACCGCAAUGAAAGACGAAGUUUGAAAAACACAAGUCCGUUGCGUCGACCCCAGGCGCUAAACAGAAACAAAUCACCGGGGCCGGCGAAUUCGCGCUCUUCACAAUCCUCCCAUUGCAACAACAGCAAGCCAAAAUGCGAGCAAGUCCGAUGCAUCGACGAUGUCAUAAAGCCUAAAGCAUUAGCCUCAGACUCAAGGUACCUAACAACGCCGUGCCAUAUCGACUUCACGCGCGUUAGAAUAAAUAUCCAAAAUUCAGUCAUUACUGAAAUCUAUAAAGUGACGGAGUUACCAUUUCAGAUUCCUGUUUCAAAGCGCAGCAAUUUUAUGCGUAGACUCAUCGAUUCGAAGCAAGACUCUUACCACAAGUUACAGCCUCUUGGGCCUGCAAAUGAUGCCAAAUACCAAGUGCGGGCACUAGGAGAGAUUUCAACCGCAGUACAAGGAUUUUUGGACAGGCCUCGAAGGCGAGUUCUGAGAAGCUCAAAGAAUCUAAAGGCGAACCCCCUGACAAGGGUAGCGUUUCAAGAGACUAGUGAGUCCAAUGACAGCGUGGACCUAAGUUUCGACGGCAAAGCUAUGAACCGGAGCGACGUUUUCAAAAUCGUGGACUCGUUCUCCCAACUACACGACGACGACGACGGCGACGAUGACGAUCAAAAAGAUAAUCACGGCAGCGAUGACGAUGAUGAUAUGGAAAGCCCCGCAUUUUUCACCAACAGAUCUAUCUUACCUCCAGAGAUGACCAAUGGCGAUGACACGCCAAUCGCAAAACACAUAGAUGCACAUAGCACCACUGAGUAA